UUGCGCAUGCGCAGAAGAAUUUUAAAGGAACUAAACAAAGUAUGGUUGUGUGACUAAGUUUAAGAUCGUCCGAUUUUUAGCAACAUUUCUGACCUAACAAGUUGUUUUUUAUAGUCCCCAAUAUAGCACUUGCAAAGCACUUCUGUGUUACGAGGUGUGGGUAUUUGUGAAUCACAAGAUGUCCAAAACAGCUGAUCCAACAAUCGAAGAAGAGGAGGAGGAGGCUGAAGAAGAGUUUACAGUAGAAAAAGUGGUUGAUGUUAGGAUGCGAAGUGGACGUAAAGAGUACCUGCUCAAGUGGAAGGGAUACCCAGAUUCAGAAAACACAUGGGAACCUGAGGCCAAUUUAGACUGCCCUGACUUAAUAGCAGAGUAUGAGAAAGAUAGAGCUGAAAAAAAGAAGCGUGAGCAGGAAAAGAAGCGAAAAUCUAAUGGAGAUGUAGAAGGAGCUAAAAAGAAGAAGAAAGUAGCUGAAGUGAGAACUAGUGCUGAGGAUGAUAACAAACCUAGAGGAUUUGACAGGGGCCUGCAGCCAGAAAGAAUCAUCGGUGCCACAGACAGUUCAGGAGAGCUAAUGUUCCUCAUGAAGUGGAAAGACAGUGAUGAGGCAGACUUGGUGCCAGCUCGUCAGGCCAAUGUGAAGUGCCCACAGAUCGUCAUUGCGUUUUAUGAAGAAAGACUCACCUGGCAUACACACAAUGAUAACGACGAUGACGACGAAAAAUCAUAAUUCUGUCACGUUCAGCCAUGUGGUUUAAAUUUUGUGUGUGGUACCAAAUUUCCUAACUGUUCCUUGAACUAAAAAUGUGCUGUAGUGAAUGUUUGGACUUUGAGCAUUUUGAACUCUGUAGGAAUACUUUAGUUUGCUCUUAGCUGACAUUAGUAUACUAUAUGAACAAGAAUGACAAAUUUUCAGUUCAAAACUAUUGUUAGUACUUCCACAACCCUUUUAGCCAAAGUGUUUUGUUUGUGACUUUGAUUUGAGCUUUAACAGAAUUAUGGAAUAAUUGAUUAACAAACAUGAAUGAAAGUCACAAAACGUGCACAUAAUUUAGCUAUGCUCUGGUAAAACUGGUUAUUUCUUAAAAGGUUGUCAUAAGUUAGCCUGUCAAGUCAGCGCCCAUACUUUCUGCCAAGACUGGAUUUUUGUUUAGAUGUGACUUCUUUUGAACGAAAAAGAUCCUUGAAAGUAGAAAAUGGUAUCCAUCAUCAGCAGACCCCACCGACAUGCAUAAAGCACGACUUUAAGCAGAGAAAGGCUCAUACUUUUUGGAGAAUUGAUUGCUACCAGGAAUAGAAAUUGUCUUCUAAACACACUGGUUAAUUAACAGUGUUCGUAAUUCUUUAGUUUCAUUUUAAUUGGGUUUACAUAAUUUAAGUGUUUACACAUGACAUUUUCACUCAGGUGAGUUACGGUUAACAGGUUAUUUACAGGUAUGUGAUUUAGAUGAUACGUUCAUACUAUAUCAGGUAACAUCUAAAUUGAAUUGUUAUUGUGGAUAUCCUAUCAAUCACUUAUAACUUUGAUGCAUAUUUCUUGAAUGUAAUUUUAGAAUGCAUAUGCCAACAUGUUGAAAUAUCUUUUAAUGCAGAUUUUUAUCAAAUCGUUUCAUUGUACAAAUCAUUUUGUCACUUCAUAUCUGCUUCCACUAUUUCUCUUGUGUAUUUGCUUAUUCAUUCAUGCAUUUGUCCGUUCUUUAGUAAAUUUCAAGUUUGUUUGACAGAUCUCUUGUAAUGGAAUAAUUAAGUCACCCCCUCCCUAUAGGUAUUAAAAUUAAUUUGAUUGCAUGUAUGUGCAUUGUGUUCUUCUUUUGUCAAAACUUAAUAAUCAUUAUGUUUAGAUCUGUGUUGUAGUGUGUUAUGCUGUUUGAAUGUUUGUCAAAUGAUGAGGAAAUCAUGCAAAUAAAGAAGUAUCUUAGACUUUCAUUUUUUUGCAAAUGAUAGUACGGUAUUUCUCUAAAAAAAAUAAUUUUGAAUCAAGUAAAAUAAACGUGAAACAUAAUUAUGCGAGCAUGAAAUGUUAUAUACUUAUAAAAAUAGUUUAUUACAUUCAACUCUUUGACUUGGAAAGUGCUAUAUUCAUUCCUUGUUUUUCGAAAAAAGUGGAUGGUGAAAUUACUGUGUUUAAACUGGUUAUGAACUUUGGAAUUGAAGCAAAUCACACUGCAUGAUUAAUUAAGAACAGGGUAACUAGAUUGUGGUUAUACUCGUUUGUCUACCGUUUCUUUCACUUACUUUAGUUUAUAAUUAACUAUUUUAAUUAUUGGUAAAUGAUUAUAUGUCGAUAACGCAAAUUUACCAUCAAAUACGUAAUACCCUUAAAUUGUUUGCAUGUAUAUACUUUUUAAUUUGAGAAUCACAUGCAAUAAUUGUGUACGACAUUAAAGUUAGGUGUUGUCAAAUUAUACUUAGUAUUAAUAGUGUAGUUUUUGUAGUAAUAUUUUAUCUUGGUAAAUGUAUGUUUAACUGUGUGAGACAGCAGUUCGAGUGGUUGAUAAUGUAAUAAAUUUGAGUACUAAAUGUA